GCCGCCUGCGCGACUUCACCUUGCAAUUGCAGAUGCUUGAACCCUAAAAUUCGCAUACGAAUGUUCUUCGCUUGUUGCGCUGGGAUUUGACUCGGUUCUGUGCUAUUUAUUUGUUCUAUUCUUUGCUGUCGCUUGUUCUACUCUCUGCUGGAGGCGCCUGGAGCUAUUCUGUAUUCUCUUUCAUCGGUUCUAGAGGUGUUCCUGUUAGUCGGUUGUUCUAAUCUGCUGGUCGACUCAGGUUCUUCAUUCUAUCUAAUAUUCUUGUACCAUCGUGUUCUGUAAUCUGUCUGCUUCUGCUCAUCUGCUGUUGUGUUCUUCGAUUCAAUCCUUUGAAGAGUCUCUGCUCUUGAAAUGUUGUUAUUUGAGAAUUGAGGAAAUUCAUGAAUGUAUGUUUGAGAAUUGUGAUUUACCAAUUCAUCGUCAGCUUUAUCAACGACUAUAGAGCUCAUCUCCAAGAACCUUGAGAGAGGCUUGUACCAUGAAUUUGUCAGAGAAAGACGACACAACAGAUUCUGAAAGUGAAAUCGAAAUGGAGAUUAGUGGCUUAUUAGAUAGUGAUAAUGAAGACGCAGAACUGGAUAUUCAAGGUGAAGAUGAGCAAGGCAGUGUUAUAAAACUCGGGAAACGCAAAAGGGAGGCAAUUUAUCAGUUAAUGGAUUAUGGAUUAUCAAAAACAUUAUCUGGGGGAGGUUUUCGAAGGAAGAAGACUCGCGAUAAGUUGUGCAAUAUCUUGCGCAAGCUGGUGGGACAACAUGAUUGGAAGACGGCUAGCCAAGUUGUAAUGGUGUUACUGAAACGGACUUUCACUUGCAGAGAUAAAUCUCAUUCCACCCGACUCAUAUUUUCGGUUUUGUUGGAGCUAAUUAAGCAAGUGGAUAGCGGAUAUCUUCGCAACCCAUACAAGAUGCAGAAGAUUUACGCCAUGUGGCUGAGGAGAGUUCAGUCUAAGGAAGACAAAGUUUCAAUUUUGGUGGAGUGCACCCUUCACUUCCUUACACAAAGAAAACCGGAGGAAGCACUAAAUCUUGCAUCUAGCCUGAUGCAACAAGAUGAUUUACCGAGUCUUCCUAUAUCGAAUAUGAUUAUAGGCAUGAUAUUCUAUAUAAAAUCAUUUUCAAGCGUAGCAAAAGAUAUGCAGUAUGCAUUUUCAGACUCAUGGUACUCCCCAAAGGAGCCAAACACGCUCGGUUCAAAAUUCAACGACCAGGUUGGAAACUCAGCAGCUUCUAAUGCAGAGGGCUGGCAUUUGUGGCUGUUGCCUUGCAAGUCGCUGCUCUCUACUGACGAGGGCAUCAAAUAUGACUUAGACUAUAAAAGGGCCGUGGAGUACUUACGAUUGGCUCUCGACUCAUCACACCCAAUGUUACCGGCAUUAGCUCCAUUGAUACAGUUGUUACUGUUUGGAAGAAAAUUUGAUGAAGCUUUUGACACAGUCAACAAGUUUUGUGAGAAUUCACACACACCACUUCCUUUCAGAUUAAAGGCCAGCCUUCUUGAACAUUUCUGUGGUGACGACUAUGCGAUGCUUUCAGCCUGUUAUGAAGAUAUUCUGAAAAGGGAUCCAACAUGUUCCUAUUCACUGGAAAGGCUUGUGAGCAUGCAUAAUAAUGGAGACUAUGCUGUGGAAUCUCUUUUUGACAUGAUAGUUUUGCAUUUGGAUGGCACCUUUGCACAACACAAAACAUGGAAAGAAUUUGCAGACUGCUUUCUUAAACUCUAUAAAAUUGAAAAGGAUGGUAACGUUCUCUAUUCUAUCUGUAAGGACUCAAUCAAGACUUGGAAACUACGCCGCAGAUGGUGGUCCAGACGGCACUUCAGCCCAGACAUCCUUGCCUCAGAAAUUGCUGGAGGUGACUUUCCUUUGUUAACUUAUAAAGCAGCAUGUGCAUAUCACUUGUAUGGAAUGGAGUUUGGAUAUGUUUCAAAGGCUUGUGCUUGUCUGGAGAAGGAACAGAUAAACAGUGACUUGUUUGCAUACUUGAAGAAUUCCACCAGCAUCCCUUCUUACUUCAUGUAGAAACACAAACUAGAGUUGGAUUUUGUGCUUACAGUUCAUGCAGACAUGCUAAUUGAGUUUAUGUUUUUCUUUCUUUUGUAAACAAACUGAUGCAUUCUGUCCUCAUGUCUCCUGUUUAAAUUUUGCGUUACAUGAUUGCAUUGCUUGAUUUAGUA